AUGACUCGCAAUGUAGCGCUGAGAGUGGCACCACGGAAGUACAUUGCUGUGCCUUCUGAGUCAUUUUGUGCGAACAAGAGUAUGGUGGUCGUUGUUCAUGUCAGGUCACAUGACGUACUCACUCGAAAUACACUGCGUAGAACAUACGGAGAUGAACGACUGAUGGAAAAAUUCAGUUACCGUCUUCUCUUUUCCGUCGGCAGGGCGGGACGCUCACAGGAACAGGAGCUCUUGAGAGAGGAAGCUCGACUACAUGGAGACAUUCUUCAAACAGACGUUGACGACGUUUACAAAAACUUGACCUACAAGAAUUGCGAAAUUUCCGGAAUGGCAAGCCGACAAACUAUUCCAGAAGUGUGA